ACCACUGACAUAGGGUACACGUGCAAUGCCCAUUUUGGCUCCAACUGUUGCACAAGGGUAAAGUAGAAUGAAAACUUAUUAUAUAACACAACACUCUUGGUGAGUGGUCAUUUUGAGAAAAAGGAUAUGAGCACACAGACAUCAAAGAUAUGGGCUAGGCGUUUGGAAAAAAACGUAUUAUAACUUGAGUCCAUUCAUGAUUUUCUGGUCUUGCCAUGAGUGUGGUCUCCCAAAUAUGUUUUGAUAUUUGAGCUCUUGUCAACAUUACAUUGCAAUUAAAAACUUGCUUUGUCUAGGUGUAGAUUGAUGUUUGUCUUGUACAAUUGAGGUAAAGAGAGAAUCAGGUGUAUCAUUUAAACAGUUUAGCAGUUGUACAAUUUAUAAUAGUUCACUCAUUUUGUUCCAUUUAAAAUUCCAGUUAUUGAAAUGAAAGGUUGGUCGUAAGUUGAGCUACACGACUCUCUGGGGAGGUAUAAUGUGGUAGGGUUUCAUUUAUCUCUUGAAAAACUUUCGUAAGUCAAACUCCAAAUGAAUUAGUGAAAGGUUGUCAACCCCUAAGGCCCCCAGUGAUGAAAUCUACCUCUACAGCCACCACUUAGUCCAUUGUUCAUCUUUGCAAGCAGAACUUCUCCCAUUUCCUACAAUGCAUUCACCAACUGACCAUAUGAAAGCAGUAGAACUGUAAGGACCUGCCAGAAAGUGCUGAAUUAUUCAAAAAGUUUGUGCUUUUUUGUGUGUCUUCUAGCAGUCGGGAGUAUAUGUGCACACUUCUUAUUGGAAUAAUACUUUUGCUUCAUCCAAGACAAGACAAACCAGAAAAACCUGACACCAGAUAUGUAUGGUUUCACCCAGGAACCCUGGUAAGCUAUAUUACACUGAAACAAGUUUUUACUCUGAGGAAGAAAGGCUCUACAGCUUUAGACUGGUCUCAAGAAUGGAUUUUUAUUGCUAUCUGAUAAAACGUUCACAAGUUUUCAGCUAAAAUGUCAAAUUAACUGCCUCACCAUUAUCUUUAAGAUGCUGUAAUGCCUUCAAACCAAGAACUUGGUUGUCUAUUGAUGCUUGUCAACAUUUCAUCAAACCUGUCAAGCUUAUUGUUCAUAUAUUCUGCAGCUAUAUAACUGAUCAUUUAUAGCUAUGCCACGGGAAAAGCCCCAAGUUCUGAAAAAUAGGAAGCAGAAAGAGGCCAGAAAAGAAAAUGAACAAAGUGAUAUGAGGCACAGUGAUUCCAAAGCAUCCCGGCCUGGAUUUAUGGAGCACCAUUGGAAAUUGAACAGCAAAAAAAAUACAAAUGGAACCAAGUUAGGGGGAAACAGUCCUGAUGGAGCACAAAAAACUAUCAAAAAACAAGCUCUCUCCAAGAUCAAAAUGAAGAACAAAUACAAAGACACACUAAGCGAGUAUUCGGAGAGUGACCUUAUAAACUCAGAAGCGGCAACACCGGUGGAAAAUGAUGAGAAUGUGAAGGAGGAAGAAGACGAUAGGGAGGAGCUCAUUAAGAGUGACAACAGUGAGAGAGAACUUACUGGAAACUCAGUUGUCCAAAGAGACGUUGAGCUGACAACAGAGGAAGAAUCAAUAACUACUAAUGGCUCUGAGGUCGAACCUUACGUAUCCAGACAUGAAUACAGUAAAAGAAGAGCUGUAUCUAAAGAAGUCCUCCAAGAAGUGGGUGAAGACAAUGAAAUGCAUCAGGACACAUUUGGAAAGCCAACAAUCGAUAAAGCCAGAAGAUGCCUACCAGAACCCACCAAAUCAACGCAAGAGGGAAAAUACAUGAUGUUUGAGAAAAAACAACAUGAAGACAGGCUGAACAACCAUGGUAUUGCAAAACCCCAAAGAUCCAAAUUUUCCUUUCAUCUGGAGAAUGACUAUUCUGUAGAAGCAGCUGAAGAUAAGCAAGGGGAUGAGACCGAACAAACACUGCCAAAAACCUUUAAAUGCCAUGGAAACAUGGCGCUUCCAAAAGACAGACAUAAUGACUUCAAUGGUGGCAUUAUUAGGUUUGAAGCAGUGAAUGUCAAACAACAUGAACCUGUAAAUAUUGUCAAAGAGGUUUCCCACAGUUUUCUCUUGGACAAUCUGACAAAUGAUUUUUUUCAAAACAAUGCUGAUAUGAUUUUUUCAACUUUAAACAAAGACCUACUCCAAACUAGUCCCACAACCCUCAAGAGACAGUUUGUCACUCAAAGAAAGGGUGUGGAAGCUCUCAGCAGACUGUCUUGCUGGUUUCACAAAAAAAGGCCCAAAAAGGUAAAAUUAAAGACAAUUUCUUUUUGGGCAAAUGUCAUCUUUGUUCCGCGAUUGCUCUCCUCUCUGUCUAUGAAACAGAAAUGGAGAAAAAAUAAUUCCAAACGAUUAAUCAGAGCAAAAGCCCCGUGUUUUUCAGAGCACAGAAAAUCUGAAGAAAUCCAGGAUGAACCUGAUAAGAAUGAGGUGGAGGCCAAAUAUGUUAUUGUCCACUCGAGGAUGAACAUUACUGAAAAAGCUGAGUUGUUCUUGAUGCAAGAUGAACACCUUGGAACGCAAACAAACACCCAAGAAACUGCACUGACAGUCUCUAAACAAAGAACAGAAAUAAAGCCACCAAAGCCAAGUACAUGUACUUUGCUCCUAAGCAAAGCAGGUCUUGGCCCUCUUAGUGCUACCACAAAGCCCUUGAAAGGGCCACUUCAAUCAGGUGGAGUGGUUGAGAAGGGGAGCAAUGGAUUCAGUGUUGGUCCAGCAUCACUAGAAGGAACCUCCCACACUGAAGAACCAGAUUAUACAGCUACUUUGAGGGAUCAACAUGGAAUUAGUGUGCUACCGGCAGUAAAAGGGAAGUUGGACACUUCUCAUACCAAUCAGACCACGAUGUCCCUGUCAGGGGCAACCUUAGGUACUGUAAAGAAGCCCACCAAGGAGCCAGAAGCACAGGGAAAGGUUGAAGCUGGUGCGCACAAGUCCUCUACUAUGCCCCUUUUAAAUGGAAAUGUUUGUCCGUUGUAUGAAGAAGAGGCAAACAGGGAGGCGGCACAGUUGAUGAGAGAAGCUCUUCACUGGGCUGGGAACUUCCAAAUGAAUGGAGAUCCAAAGGACCGGUUGAACGUUGAAGACCUUCUGCCUCACCAGACAGUGGAGAAGUCAACAAAAUGUGUAGUUUAUGAAGAUCGACACAAGGUCGGAAUUCUUGCCGGACACAUGGACAAGCAUAUCUGGGAAUUAGAUGAUCACAUCCAGGACAUGCUGGAGAGUCGACUUGUCAGCACACAGCUGAUGAUGCAGGGAAGCGAAGAUGCUGAUAAGUUGGAUCAAGUAGAGGAUCUGUCCCAGUUACAGGAGGUGUGUGACAGCUCAGUGCUUCUCAACCUAAAGAAGAGGUUUCAUCGGGACUGUAUUUAUACCUACAUUGGAAACAUGCUACUGUCCAUCAACCCCUACAAACCCUUGCAUAUCUACUCAGAAGAACAGAGACAGCAAUACCAGGGUAGAGAGCAACAACAAAACCCUCCGCAUGUGUACGCUAUCGCUGACAAUGCCUUCAGACAAUCCCAGUUAUCCACCCAGGAGCAGUGCAUUAUCAUAAGUGGUCAGAGCGGUGCAGGGAAGACUGAGGCUACCAAGUUGGUCGUCCAUUACAUUGCUACCAUGUAUCAGAGCAGAAGCGUCGACCUGCAUCAGCCUAUGGACGUCUUUGCCAUUCUGGAGAGUUUCGGGAAUGCGAAGACCAGCCUGAACAACAACUCCAGCCGCUUUGGAAAAUACAUCCAUAUUCACAUUCUCCGGGGUGUUGUUGUUGGGACCUCCUUGUCCAAAUAUCUCCUUGAGAAAUCCAGGGUUGUUUUCCAGGCCAAUGGGGAGAGGAACUACCAUGUGUUCUAUGAGCUUUUGGCAGGUAUGAAUGACUGGAACAAACGGGACUUCUACCUUCAGGGAGCCGAGACGUAUUACUACCUGAACCAAGGUGGCGCCUGUGAGCUGAAAGGAAAGUUGGACAGAAAAGAUUUCCAGUUGUUAGUUCAGUGCUUUGACAAAAUUGGUCUUAGUACUGACCAGAUCUUCACCAUUUGGGCCAUUCUUUCCUCUAUUUUGCAGCUGGGCAACAUCUGCUUCAGUUCACAUGAGAGUGAGUCGUUUGAGGUGGCUCUCAUCUAUAGUGAGUCUGAGGCUCGAAGGAUCAGCUCUUUGCUUAAGAUAUCUUAUGAGGCACUACAGAACACCAUAACACACAAAAUCACAAAGACAACCUAUGACAGGAUCUACUGUCCCCUGUCUGUGGAGAGUGCCAUCGAAUCGAGAGAUUCCAUUGCCAAAGCCUUGUACUCAGUGUUAUUUGACUGGUUGUUAAACCAGAUCAAUAACUGGCUGAAUCCCACAGAAAUGGACAACACCGUGGGUGUAGUAGACAUCUACGGAUUUGAAGACCUUGGAAUCAACAGUUUUGAACAGUUGUGUAUCAACUUUGCCAAUGAACAGCUGCAGCAUUUUUUCAGCCACACUGUGAUCACUCAAGAGCAGGAGGAGUACACUACAGAACAGAUUCAGUGGUGCCCAGUGUUAUUAAAGGACUUUAACCCCUGCCUGGAGUUAAUCUCCUCAAGACCAUACGGCAUCUUCCGCAUACUUGAUGACCAGACCUGCCUCCCCCAAGCAACUGAUCACACCUUUCUCCAAAAGUGCCACUACCACCAUGGAAACAGUCCUUACUAUGCCAAGCCCAAAAAGCCUGAGCCAACAUUUACCAUAUUUCACUAUGCUGCAACUGUCACAUAUCAGGUCCAUAAUUUUCUGAAUAAAAACCACGACCAAUUCAAGACUGAAGUGGUGGAACUUUUCGCCAGUAGUCGGUUAAAGCUGGUGUCAGAGCUGUUUGGAAAGGUGAAGACCAGGUACGAUCAACAAAGAGAGUUGGAAUGCGGAAGAAAGGGUCUUCGCCAGCAACCCUCGACUGCUGCAUCAAAUUUUCUACACUCCCUGACUGAGCUUACCAAGCGCUUGGAAAGUUGCAGAACAAUGUUCAUCCAUUGUCUCAAGCCAAACUGUAUUAAGCUUCCGGCAAUGUUUGAUGUGGACUACGUGUCAGCCCAACUUAAGCAUACUGGCAUGUUGGAGGCCAUCCACAGUCGGAAAGAGGGUUAUCCUAUACGCCUCUUAUACUCCUACUUUGUUGAGAGGUAUGGGGUGUUCGCCACCCUGCGCUCCAGUAAUGUGACAGACCGAGAGCAUGUACUGAGUCUUUUGGAAUUGAUUGGUGCAGAUGACAGUCAAUAUCAGCUGGGACUCACAAAGGUCUUUCUAAAGGAGCUCCUGUACCGGCAGCUGGAGGAGAAGUGGAGUACCACUCAGACGUGGGCGGCAGUCACCAUCCAGCGAAACAUUAGAGGUUUUCUGUGCAGGAAAAACUUUAAAUUCUUCAAGCAGAAAGCGAUCAUCAUCCAGAGCCACAUCCGAGGACACCAGGCAAGGAAGUACUACAAACGCCUGAAGCAGUCCUUUGCACAGUUCUGGGCUGUGAUGAUGAUAACUAGGAAUACCAUAAAGAGACGCCAUUGGAGGAAGCAAAUUCGGGACAAAAAGAAAGCGACCACUUUAAAAAAAGCAUCAGCGCUCCCGACAAUGGAUGUGGGCAGGUUGGAGAUUCCUGCUGAGCUGUCAGCAAGGUUCCACGGUGCAGCAGGGCAUAAACAUGCUUCUGAAGUGACAGCGGUGGCACCCCCACAAGUGAAGGCAAACCACAAGCUCAGUCUGCCUCGAGACAUAGACAAACACCCAUUCUCUCACUAUGUCAAGUCCAUAUUGAAGGAUACAUGGCACCAACCUAAAGGAACCCCCCUUCAAAGAGCCCUCACCCCUCUCGAACCGGAUGAUGCCUGGAUUGCACUGGAAAUGUAUAAACUGAUCAUGCGGUUCACGGGUGAGUCAGACCUUAGUAGCUGGCAAGAGCAGAUGUUAGGAAACUACAUCAUUGAAAAAUGCCUAAGCUGUCCUGCCUUGAGGGAUGAGAUCCUGGCACAACUGGCUUACCACACAUGGGACUCACAUGAAGAGCAGGGAAGCCUGCAGGCGUGGUUGCUGCUUGCCUGCUGCCUCAGUACCUUCACUCCGUCACCAAUACUGGAAAAACCCCUGCUCAAGUAUAUAUCUGACCACGCACCCAUUGAAUACCGUUCACUAUGCCAACACAAAAUUCUCACAUCAAUGCAACUUGCAGCCCCCAUUUCCCGGGAUUAUCCUCCCACCCAGCUGGAGUGGACCGCCAACAAAAGGAAAGCUGCAAUGAUUGUGGAUGUAUACACAUAUAAUGAUGAGAAAUGGACGACUGAAGUGGAGUCCUGGACCACGGGAGAAGAGAUAGCCGCUUGGAUUCUUCAAUGCAGAGGUAUGACCGAGGCAACAGAAGGCUGGUCUGUGUCACUUCUGACGGAUGACGGGUGGUCUGAUGUGGCUGGCUCAGACUUGGUCAUGGAUCUGCUGGCUGGCACCGAGGCAGAAGUACUGCCCCCACCAGGCACCCCCUCCUCAGCCAAUUCUGAUUACUUGUUCAGUGAUCAAAGAGACAGGACACCAGUUACAGAUCUUGAUGACUUCAUUCCACCAGCACCUACCAUGGAAGCUCCAGCCCUGCCUCAUUUUCAGGACACCCAUUGGGGAAGAGAGUAUCCACAGGAAGGCCGUCGUCGACAGAUGGAUGCCUACGUAGAUGACUUGUUCAACCUGGAUCAAGGACAAUCGGACACAGAAAGAGUAGCCAAGUUACACCGGCGGAUGCGAGGUGGAGGAGGCAUAGGACCCAUGCAGCCUGGUUUAUAUAGUCCGGGUAUGCCAACUUUAAUGCCAAGCUAUCCCAUGGGAAUGCCAGUAAGCCCUCACAUCCCAAGCUAUGGUCCAACUCCCAUGAUGCCAGCCAUGCACACCAUGCCAGGGAUGAUGAUGCCUCAAGCUGCAGUUCCUUCAAUGAAUGAUCCCAUGCAGCUGGCAGCAACACAGCAAGGUCUUAUCAACCAACAGGCUCUUCUAAUGGCUCAGCAGAUGACCAUGCAGGCGAUUACUCUGUCCCAGCAGCAGAACCAGGAACAGCUGAGGUUGAGGGAACAGGAGAGAAAGCAGGAGCAGCAGCAGCGGUUGAGGGAGCAAGCACCCACACCUUUGCCGCAAUCUUCACCUUUGCCAAAGCCUCAAGAAGUAGAUUCAAAGAAUGCAGGCAACCGGCCCUCUUUCAGAGAAAGCCGUCAGUACUUCCAGAAUAUUGGUGGCUCUAUAACCCGAGCACCUCAAGGCCCCUCAUCCACCCUAGUCCAGCAGCAAGAGAGCAUCCAAUCACCGCGUCCACUCCCUCCUCCCACUGCACCUAAACCCAAAAUGAAGGACCCUCCCUCCACUGCUGUCAGCAAAACAGAAUCCCCGACCACAAAGCCGGGGCCUGAACCCACUUCCAACAUUCGGGAAAUCAUCAAACAGUUCAACAGCCGACCUCAACCAGAACCCAAAAACUUUGAGCCCGUCAGAGUUCCAUUAAGGCACUUUGUUAAGAAGGUGGAUCCCAAAGAGGAAGCGCUUUCCAAACUCAGACAGAAAGCACCAGUGCCUCAACAAAAGAAACAGUGGGUGACCUCCCCAGCAGCCAAACAGCAGUCUCCAAUAAGCAGUCCAUCCCCACAGUCCUCUCCUCCGUCCACUGGAAGCCGUCGUGUCAUUUCCAGCAACAUGAGGCAGAAACAACGCUCACUAGAAGAUCUAUUUGGCUCUCAGCGCGCUCGACACAUUGUAUCUUCUCCGCCGGACUCUCCGCCACAUCCCUCACACUCACCGACCUUCCCACACGACAUCCCUGAACCACCAACCAUGGCUGCCCCAUCUCUCAGUAAGAUGCUGGAUGACAAGAUGUCCCACUCUGAACUUUACCGUUAUUCUCCUGGUGUUUAUUUGUCUUUCUGCAAUAUGCCGGGAAAACUCUUCUUGCGGAAAGAGGUGUUUUACCCAGAAGACACAUUCAACCAACCAUAUAUCCUCAAUCUUUUAUGUGAACAGAUCACCAGGGACACUUAUUCUGACAGCUGUGUGAAGAUAAGCAGUGAGGAAAGAAGGAAGAUGAAGGAUUUGCUCGCUAAUUUUAAUAUGGGAACUAUGAGCACCAUCCAGGACGACAGCUUAAAGAAAAGGAUUGUCAUUGCUGCUCGGGACAACUGGGAAAACUACUUUUCACGAUUAUUUCCUAUACAGUCAGACAAUGAUGACACUCAGAUUUUGGGUGUGUGCCAUCGUGGCAUUCAGUUAAUGAAAAUGGUGGCAGCCUCAGGCAUCGACCCAAAACACCUUCGCCCACUGAGAAGCUACAGUUUUGCAGAGCUGCUGUCGGUUGAACUAUGUGGCACCAACCAGGUGCAACUGGAGUUGAAGAAUGAAAACCUGCAGCUACACUCAACCAGGGCCCCGCAAAUCACUGCCACAGUCCAACUCUUCCUCAAAAAGCUCAUUAAGAACUCUGACCACGUGGUUGCCCUGAAGAGCUUUGUCACAGAUGACAAGAGUCUACUCAGCUUUAGCAAAGGAGAUAUAAUCAAGCUCCUACCAAUGGAGGCACUCCAGCCAGGUUGGUAUUUUGGUACUUUGGGAAGACGCUCUGGUCUUUUUCCAGCUGAUCUAACGCAGCCAUCAGCUGCAUUGGACUACCAUCAUCUCAAAUUUGAUCGGAGAGAUGGUAGGCGGAAAAGUAUGAGAGUUGCAAGACCUGACACUAUGCAAAAAGAAGCUAGUCUAGUUCCCAUCAGCAAGGAUGCAGACCACAGUUACUUGGCACGGCCCACGAGGGAAGCUACUCUAGUUCCCAUCAGCAAGGAAGCAGACUACAGUUACUUGGCACGGCCCACGAGAGAAGAUUCAUUCCAGAGAUCAGUACGGACUUCCAUCCAAGAGACACCUCAAGACCUACAAAUGUCAGCAAUGGCUGAGUUUGCCAGGAAAUACUUUAGAAUGGAAAAUGAAGGCUUGAAACUAAGUGGCAAACAUUUUUUGGAAGCUGUUCAAUUCACAAAGGUGCCGAUUUCGGAGUCUCUCAUUCUUUACAACGACCCUGAUUUCAACCAGUUAUCUGUUCAGUGCUUUACGGCUAUCAAGCAGUUUAUGGGCGAUACGGCAAUGAAGAAGCAAACCUCGCAAGCAGACUGUCUGCGUCAUAUCUUAAUGCUUGGGAAGGAAAAAGAGAAGCUCAGGGAUGAAGUCUACUGCCAGGUCAUCAAGCAAACAACUAACAACCCAAAUAGAGACAGCUGCACUUUGGGCUGGCGUCUACUUACCCUCAUUGCUGGCUUCUUCCCCUGUUCUGGAACUCUCCAGCCCUACGUUUCAUGCCACUUACAAGACAUCAACAAAGACCAUGAACACCCUUUCCAAGAGCUGGUGUCUGUUUGCCAGGACAAUCUUCAACGUUCUCUCACUUUUGGUGGCCGCCGUAAUAUCCCCUCACGUAUUGAGCUGGAGGCCAUCCUGGCAAGUAAAACUUCACAAAGGACUUCUAUCCAUCUGCCAGGUGGGGCGGAAUUCCCCAUCAAGAUACGUAACUUCAGUAUGGCAGCUGAUGCGGCAACUCAGUUCUGUGAAGAAAUGAAUAUCUCAACCCUCUCAGAAAUGAAAGAAUUCACCAUCUUUGCCACCCGACAACAAGAUGGAAUGGUACGGCCUCUUCAUUCAAAUGAAUACCUGAUGGACUUUUUACUGGAUGAUGGAUGCAUCGCCUUUUCUCUAAGAAGAGUGAUGUGGAGAACCCCUCUGUGUUUCAACAAUGAUUUUUAUGUGGAUUUUCACUAUCAACAGCUUUUGAAUGACUACCUGAACGGUCAGCUCCAGCUUACUCAUGCAGGGACAAAUCGUAUUCAUGAAUCUUCAGUCCAGCAAAUGGCGGAACUGUCAGCUUUGCAAUAUCUGUCCUUGGGACUGAAGGACCAACCCUCAUUGCAGGAGAUAAAGAAAUAUCUUCCUUCUGCGGAGGGACAGAACGCUAAAAUGGAUGAGAUCCACUCUUCCUGUGUGAGCAAGAUAAAAGCAAUGCAGUCCCUCAGCCCUCUGGAUGCCAAAAUACAAUUUAUUGUGUUUCUGAGAGAGCAGCCUCAGUUUGGCUCCAACACAUACUUGGCGCAGAAAGUCAGCCAACGUGACUGUCCUUCACCCUGCAUGGUCAGCGUCAGCCACAAUGGAGUGCUUUUUAUCCAUCCCAAAACACAGGAGCAAGUCUUUCAAAUUCCUCUGAUUGACGUUCAGUCCAUGCGGACUAUACGACCUAAAAAAGCAGGAAAGCUGCCGUCAAUGGACAUCAACUAUGGCCAACCCAAUCAGCCCAAGAAAGUGACAAUUUGCCUCAAACAGGCGAAAGAGCUGUGUCACAUCCUUGCUAUGGUAAUGGAAGAGCUGAUCCGUCCCUCAGUCAAGAGCAGCAUUUCUAAUCACCAGUAGACCCUGUCUAUUUUCAUUAGACCACGUUUAUUCUUUUAACUUGACUAAAAUACAUGACGUACAAUAUAUGCAUACUUGUUGAUAAUGAUCAUGUCAUCUUGAUAAUAACCAUGUAAUUAUGCUUACAAAUGCAUAGAAAUGCAUCUUUUAUGGCAGUUUUCCAACAAUAAAACUUUCAAUACCGUGUAAUAUAAAGAAACUCAAACAUAUAUCGAAAUUGGUGCACUUCUUGUUUUUAACAAUCAUAUUUAUUUUGUAUGCCAAUUAUACCCUGUAUUGUUUAAAUACAUCAUGAAAUGGGACUUAUUAUGAUUCUAUUCUACAUUUAACACAUAUACUUCUAAAUAAUACAUAUUGGUUAUGCUUUGGUGUAAAUAAAGUCACAUAUA